AUGUGGAAGGUCUGCACUUACCAGUCCAACAACCUCCAGAGCAGAGCCAUAGCGUGUCACCGCUACACCUACAGUGACAGCUACCUGCCCCUCAAUAUCCGCAUCACUCAGCACCUGCUGCUGGCUGCCAACCUCCUGGCUCUCUUGGGGAAAGUGCUCACCAUCAUGGGUCUGCAGAGAGUGUGUGUGGCUCAUCAUCAGAAGGAAAACACCUGCAAUGUCUUCUUUUCUUCUGGAGUCCUGAGCAUCAUAGCUGGGUAUAUAUCUUCAUUGCUGUGA